AUGGCUGAGCAAAGGAAACAAGAGAGAGACUUUACGAAAGAGGUUGAUGAGCUGCUUCCCGAGACACGGUCUCUCGCUCAGGCAGGCAAGCUUCAGGAGGCCCUGGACAAAUUGUUUGCGUUUGAGAAGCAGACUCGGAAUGCUUCGGAUGCAGCGUCCACCAUCCGUCUUGUGAAAGAGAUCUCGCAACUAUGUUACGACGCCCGGAACUACGCUUUGCUAAAUUCAAGCAUCAAUACGCUGAGCAAGAAGCAUGGCCAACUCAAGGCAUCGACACAGGCAAUGGUUGAGCUGGCCAUGGGAUGGUUGGAUGAGAUCCGGACUAGGGAGGGCGACGAGAAGUGGCUGGAGCUGAUCGAGACUCUGAGGACUGUCACGGAAGGCAAGAUCUUCCUGGAGACACCACGAGCAAGGGUGACCCUGAAGCUCACGCAUUACUAUGAGUUGUUGGCCAAAUCCGUGCAGGACUCUGCGACGCGAAGGGAACAUAUGCAGAAAGCGACCGACCUUAUAAGCGAACUCCAGGUCGAGACCUACUCUUCGAUGGAGCGCCGAGAGAAGACGGAAUUCAUCCUGGAGCAAAUGCGCAUGUUGAUCGCUCUUGCACAAGUGAAGGAUACAGAGGACGGCGUCUCAGAAAAGAAGGGUACGAUGGGUGGUGGCGAGGCAGAAUGGGUCAAAGUCCGUGUUGCUAGCAGGAAAGUCAAUGAGUCCUUCCUGAAGGAAGAGGCCAACGAGGUUCGUCAUCCUCAGCACAGGAUAAAAUGCGGGUCCACUAAUUCGAGCAAACAGGACCUCAAGAUGAAGUUCUACGAGAUGAUGAUUCAGUAUGCGCUCAAGCACGAUGCCUAUCUCGAUGUCGCGAAGUACUACCACACAGUAUGGGAGACGCCCGCCGUCAAGGCGGAUGAGAAGACCCGUGGCCCUCAGGCUCUCGAACACAUCGCCUACUACAUUGUGCUUGCCCCGCAUGACAAUGAGCAAUCCGAUAUGCUCCAUCGUAUCUUCCGGUAUCCUGAGCUGGAGAAGAUGGCGCUGCAUUUUGAACUGCUGAAGAGCUUCACGACCCCUGAGUUGAUGAGGUGGCCAGGCGUCGAGGCUAUGUACGGCCCUCACCUUCGACCCAACACUAUUUUUAAGGAAGACAAGUUCUGGGAAGACCUUCACACCAGGGUCAUCGAACACAACAUCCGCAUCGUGUCCCAGUACUACACGCGUAUCACCCUCGCUCGCCUCACACAACUGCUUGACCUCACACAACAGAAGGCAGAGGAGACGCUCUGCAGACUGGUGGUGUCUGGUACAGUGUGGGCCAAAAUAGAUCGUCCGACAGGUACGGUGAACUUCCGGAAGAGCAAGAGCGCGGAAGACGUUAUGAAUGACUGGAGCUCUGACAUGCAACGGUUGCUCAGUAUUGUCGAGAAAACAUGGAUGGGGGUCAAUGCUGCACAGGCAGCGCAAGCAAGAGCAGUGAAGGCGUAG